UGCUUAUAUGCGCAUAGUCUAUACAGAGUCGACUAUCUAGUAUAAUAUAUAUAUAUAUAUAUAUCUGUGGUACAGACCACAUAACGUAUUUCUUAAAUUUAUACAAUAUUUAAGCAAUUAACUGAAAGUGGAAUUUCCAGUGAAGACAUCAACUGUAGAAAUUAAAAAUCACAUGAAUAAGUUUAAAUUCUUAAUUUUUUUUAAGAAGAAGUUAACUCAUUUAGAAAGAAAAAUGAAUACUGAAAUAGUUCAACCAUUUAGUCAAUAUUCUCUAGCAGAACAAAAUAUUAAUAAUUCUAAACACAAUAUUAUAUGGUUUGAUGGUGAGAUGACAGGAUUAGAUGUAAAUAAACAUACUCUUAUUGAAGCAGCUAUAAUUGUCACUGAUGGAAAUUUAAAAAUAUUAGCUGAGAGUUCAAAUAUUAUUAUACACCAACCAGAUGAAAUAUUAGAAAAUAUGGAAGAGUGGCCUUUAAAACAGCAUACAUUGAGUGGUCUGAUUGAAAAUGUUAAAAAAAGCAAUAUAUCAAUUGAACAAGCUGACCAAAUGUUGUACGAUUUUAUCAAACCAUUUGCUCCUAAAGGAAUGUGUCCAUUAGCUGGCAAUUCAAUUUACAUGGAUAGAACUUUUAUCAAAAAAUACAUGCCAAAACUUGAAAGUCAAUUAAGUUAUCGAUUAAUAGAUGUAUCCACCCUUAAAGAGUUGUUUAAACGCUGGAAACCAGAGAUAAUAAAUAAAGCACCAAAAAAAUUGGGUAGCCAUAGAGCACUUGAUGAUAUUAAAGACAGUUUACUAGAACUACAAUUUUACAAAAAUCAUUUCAUGUUGUAAAAGAUUAAAGGUCUUGAAGAUAUUCUUCAAGUAUUGUAUCUUCAUUCAAAUGUAAGGAACACCACCAUUUGUCUUGAAGCCGUCUAGUAGGUAAAGGAGAAGCUUUAUUCCAACAUAACUAUUUUUUAAUAAUCAGUGGCAGAUUUAUGAGGUCUGGACCCCUACAGUUUCCGAUAAUAUGUUAUAUUUGUUAUUAUUUACAGAGCAUAGUUAUAACUGUCUAUAAUGAAGAAGUGUCUUCAAACUAUUUCAAAUUCUUGCUACUAACCUAAUCAAAAUAUAU